GCAACGGGCAGCACGUUUAUUGUGUUUUUAGAGGCGCGAAGAGAACAGUGAAUUUGGAAAUUAAAAUGGCUCGUACAAAGCAGACUGCUCGUAAAUCGACUGGUGGCAAGGCGCCACGCAAACAACUGGCUACAAAGGCCGCACGGAAGAGUGCUCCAGCCACCGGAGGAGUAAAGAAGCCCCAUCGCUAUCGUCCCGGAACUGUGGCUCUCCGUGAAAUCCGUCGCUACCAGAAGAGUACCGAGUUGUUGAUCCGCAAGCUGCCAUUCCAGCGGUUGGUGCGUGAAAUAGCUCAGGACUUCAAGACAGAUUUGCGCUUCCAGAGCUCGGCUGUGAUGGCUUUGCAGGAAGCUAGCGAAGCCUAUCUGGUUGGUCUGUUUGAAGAUACCAAUUUGUGCGCCAUUCAUGCCAAGCGCGUUACUAUUAUGCCCAAAGACAUCCAGCUGGCUCGUCGUAUCCGUGGAGAGCGCGCUUCAGUAGCUACAUCCGCGUCUCCUGUGGCAGCUCCACCUGCACCGGUUGAGAAGAAAGUAACAGCCAAAAAGGCAACGGGCUCCGCUGCCACAAAGGCGAAGAAGACCACUGCACCACCAUCGCAUCCGCCAACUCAACAAAUGGUAGACGCUUCAAUAAAGAAUUUGAAGGAGCGUGGGGGCUCGUCCCUCCUAGCAAUCAAGAAGUACAUUACUGCCACGUACAAAUGCGAUGCUCAGAAGCUGGCUCCUUUCAUCAAGAAGUACCUGAAGUCUGCCGUUGCCAACGGUAAGCUGAUCCAGACGAAGGGAAAGGGUGCUUCUGGUUCGUUUAAACUGUCAGCUUCUGCCAAGAAGGAGCCCAAGCCAAAGCCUUCUUCUGUUGAGAAAAAAACUAAAACCAAGAAGGUAUCCACCAAGAAGACCGGAGCCACCACUAAAAAGGCCGCCGGAGCUGCCGACAAGAAGCCCAAAACUAAAAAAGCCGUGGCUACUAAGAAGACCGCUGAAAAGAAAAAGACCGAGAAGGCCAAGGCAAAGGACGCUAAGAAAUCUGGCAACUAUGCUGAACGCGUUGGUGCCGGCGCUCCUGUUUACCUGGCUGCCGUUAUGGAAUACCUGGCAGCUGAAGUUCUCGAGUUAGCUGGCAAUGCUGCCCGUGAUAACAAGAAGACUAGGAUUAUUCCCCGUCAUCUCCAGUUGGCUAUUCGCAAUGACGAGGAGUUGAACAAGCUGCUCUCUGGUGUCACCAUAGCUCAGGGUGGCGUGUUGCCCAACAUCCAGGCUCGCAACGGGCAGCACGUUUAUUGUGUUUUUAGAGGCGCGAAGAGAACAGUGAAUUUGGAAAUUAAAAUGGCUCGUACAAAGCAGACUGCUCGUAAAUCGACUGGUGGCAAGGCGCCACGCAAACAACUGGCUACAAAGGCCGCACGGAAGAGUGCUCCAGCCACCGGAGGAGUAAAGAAGCCCCAUCGCUAUCGUCCCGGAACUGUGGCUCUCCGUGAAAUCCGUCGCUACCAGAAGAGUACCGAGUUGUUGAUCCGCAAGCUGCCAUUCCAGCGGUUGGUGCGUGAAAUAGCUCAGGACUUCAAGACAGAUUUGCGCUUCCAGAGCUCGGCUGUGAUGGCUUUGCAGGAAGCUAGCGAAGCCUAUCUGGUUGGUCUGUUUGAAGAUACCAAUUUGUGCGCCAUUCAUGCCAAGCGCGUUACUAUUAUGCCCAAAGACAUCCAGCUGGCUCGUCGUAUCCGUGGAGAGCGCGCUUAAAUUGAAUAAUUGUCAAUUGGAAGCCCAUAUAUUUAAAAAAAAAUCGGUCCUUUUCAGGACCACAAUGUUAUUUUCAAUGAGAUUUGAGUACCUAUUGAUAUAUAACCCAAAAGAAUUAGUUUUUAGAUUUGGAAGGCAAAGAAAAAUAUAUUUAAUAAAUGUAUAGCAAAAUAUAUAUAUGUUUUUAUUUAGAGCACUCUUUACAGAAUAUUAAUAUUAGCAUUUAGCUGUUUAAGUCAUAAAUUUGUAAAUAUAUAAAGAAAAACUUAAAAUAUGUCAAACAAAAAAAAUUAAAAUUUUAUAAGAAAUGAUAUUAUUUAAUAUACAAAUUUCUAUUAUGCAUUUUAAAAUUAACUAAGAGUUUGUAUUAUAUUAGAAGAUUAUUAUUUAUUAAGUGAAAACUAAAGUAAAGGUUAUUUUUUGAAGGCUAUUAUAACUGGUAAUUAUAGUUCAAUGUGAGACUUUCACUGGUAUACAUAGCCAAAUAUAAAAAAUAUGAAUUACUUCCAGAAUGUAAAAUAGAGAAGAUUUAUUAGAAAAAACAAAACAAUUUAAAAUUAUAUUCUUUUAGAAAAACUAUAUUUUUUAGUACCAAAACAGUUUCUUUAUGUCAAAUGAAAGCGCACAUUUUAUCCAGGAAAGGGUCAUUUUAAAAGCUAUAUUUAAGUAUGAGUAUUAUAUAAAAAUAUAAUUAUUAUUUGCAUAACUGGUAGUUGAAAGUUCAAUUUAUAACAUUCAUUUGUAUAUCAACAAUAAUACAAUCAUUUUAUAUUUUUAACGAUGUUUUAAUGUAAAAUAUUUAAGAUAUUAACGUAAACGUGCACUUUCGAGUACUCAAUAAAAAGCAACCGAUCUAUAUACGGCAAUUGAAAAAAGUUUUUAUUAAAUUUUGAAUAUUUAAGAAUAAAACGCAAUUUAAAAAAAUCAACAUUAUAUCAUUUUAAGAAUGAAAUAGUAAAAAAUAAUUACACCCUUCGAAAAAACAUUUGUAACACAAAUGAACUGUGCCAAAUACAUAGUCAAACUGCUCUCCUCCUCGAUUCUCAUCCGAGCAAGGGACUUUGGAUGUGGGGUCGCGGGCUAUUUUUUGCAUAAAAAAAAGUUUAUUUCUGUGAAUAAAAAUUUAAAAAUGUCCGAUUCAGCAGUAGCUACAUCCGCGUCUCCUGUGGCAGCUCCACCUGCACCGGUUGAGAAGAAAGUAACAGCCAAAAAGGCAACGGGCUCCGCUGCCACAAAGGCGAAGAAGACCACUGCACCACCAUCGCAUCCGCCAACUCAACAAAUGGUAGACGCUUCAAUAAAGAAUUUGAAGGAGCGUGGGGGCUCGUCCCUCCUAGCAAUCAAGAAGUACAUUACUGCCACGUACAAAUGCGAUGCUCAGAAGCUGGCUCCUUUCAUCAAGAAGUACCUGAAGUCUGCCGUUGCCAACGGUAAGCUGAUCCAGACGAAGGGAAAGGGUGCUUCUGGUUCGUUUAAACUGUCAGCUUCUGCCAAGAAGGAGCCCAAGCCAAAGCCUUCUUCUGUUGAGAAAAAAACUAAAACCAAGAAGGUAUCCACCAAGAAGACCGGAGCCACCACUAAAAAGGCCGCCGGAGCUGCCGACAAGAAGCCCAAAACUAAAAAAGCCGUGGCUACUAAGAAGACC